AUGUUAGGAGUCAGCCAGGUCGUGUUACAAGAUGCCACAGGGACAGGCAGUGGGAAGGAGGCCUCGUCAGCCCCAGAAGGGCCAGAGAAGGGGCCCGGACACAGAGAAGCAUCAGAGGAAUCAGAGGAGCAACUUCCAGAGCUCAGAACCCUGGAGCAGAGGCAUCCAGCAUACCCAGGAAAGAAGCAGUCGUCUUGUGCCCCCCAGGAAGGUCCCGAGGAGCUGCAGGCAGGCCAGGCUCAGGUCAAGCCAGGAAGUGAGCUGGGGGUGCUACCUUCCAACAUCCCGGCUGCACCUGAAGGGCUGCAGCAGCAGAGCUCAGGGAAGGAGACCGAGGACCAGCAGGAGAGACAGCAGAAUCCUGGGACAAUGGAGGGUCAGGCCCCUGAGAGCUGCCAGCAGGGCCCAGAGUGGCAGCCCACCCCAAGUCACCAGGCAACAAACGGGGCAGAUAUAGUGCAGCCAACAGAACCUCCUUGCACCUUGGACAGCUGUGUACAGCAACUGGAACACAAGUCCCCCAAGGAGGCAGGCACCCCACACAUUAGGCCCCAGGGGGCUCUGCCAGAGCCUGGCUCAGGUGGACAUGGGGACAGUUUCCAGGAAGCGAUGCCCCCAGUGCCCGUGGCAACUCCGAAGGAAAAGACUGGCAACUCCUUCCCACCAUCCACGCCAGGACCUAACACACCCAAAGAAAGGGGCAAGGCUGUGGAGACCAAGCCAAUCCUGGGUCCCGUUCCUCUACCAGAGGUGAGGGACAUUGGAGACAGGAGGGACCUGGACAAUACCCAGAAGCAGCCUCAGGAGACCACAGCGGUCACGGGUGCCCAGAACCUUGGGAACACCUGGCAGGGCUUCAUGAAGUGCUUGCUGGAGGUGGAGGAGGAGGAGGCCACACAUUGGAGGGCAGCCAAGGCCCUGCCAAGCCGGAAGUCCCCCAAGACCCUGACCCCGGUGCCCACCUCAGCCUCAGUUGUCAACUCAGCCCCAAAACUGCCUCUAGCCCUGCCUCAGACUCCUGCCUCGGACCCUGCCAUGGCCCCAUCCUGGGCCAAGCUGCCAGUCCCUGGGCCAAUCCCUGCUCCUGUGGGAGCCCUGGUGCCAGCCUCUGUACCCGUCACAGUCCUGCCAGCGCCAGCCCCAGACCUGGGCUGGAGAAGGACAGAACUCUUGCACCAGAGUGGUGAGAGGAGCCCGAACUAUGCCAAGUCACGGCAGGAGCUCGGAGAGAGCAGCCUCCUAAAGUUGUGUCAGAGCUGGGAGGAGCGGGCCGAGGAGCAGCUCACCCUGAAGCAAGAGGAAGCCUUCCGCAGUUACUUUGAGAUCUUCAGUGGCCAAGGCGAGGUGGACGCACGCAGCCUGGAGAAUAUUCUGCUCCUUGUGGGCAUCUCCCUGACGCCGGCCCAGGUGGAGAAAGCCCUGAGGAGUGCUGACAUUGAUGGAGACGGUCAUGUGGGCUUCAAGGACUUCUUGGCCGUGAUGACAGACACCAAGCGCUUUUUCUGCUCCAUGGAACAGAACGCCCUGACGGACAUGGCUCCCCCGAACCCCCACACUCUGCUCUUUGAGAUCCUGUCUCUGCUGGUGGAGAUGCUGGCCUUACCCGAGGCAGCCUUAGAGGAGAUCACCAACUAUUACCAGAGGAAGCUGAAGGAAGGCACCAGUAAGGCCCGAGAGAUGGAAUCGACCACAGGCCAGCUGCGGUCCCGGAAGAAGCUUCCCCACAACCUGCAACAGGCAGACACCUUGGAAGUCCCAGAACGAAGGGUCCUCAGGAUCCUGAGCCGGCUGAAGCAGCAGAACUAUGCUGCCAACCUGCAGAGCCCCUACGCCCAGGUGCCCUGCAUCCCACUCUGCCCAAGGCUGGACAAGAAGACGGUCCGCCGGAAACAGGGCAGCCACUAUAUGCUGGACCAGUGCACCCCCACCAGCCUGGGCCCGGACAUGCGUAACCUCUUCUUCAAAUCCGGAUCUCCAGGAAGCAGGGAACACAACUCUGACAGCCGAAAGUGGCUCAGUUCAGUGCUGGCCCGAACCCCCUGACCUGCGGCGUCCUGACUGGGCAACUGUCCUGUUCAAGCCUGCAGACGUAGGGUGUCAGGCAGGGACGGCUGCUGGAUUUUGCUCUUAUGGCCUGGUAAGCCAAUAAAUACCAAGAAACUCAGCCUCUGUGCCUGGUGCUUGGGCCUCUGCCCUCUGGGCACCCACGUGCUUCUUUGAGAUCCUGGUACCAAGGAAGACGCCCCUCCCCGGCCCUCAGGUUCUCACCCCUCCACUCAGCUCAGAGUGCCGUGCCCAGCCUUCCUUGGACUUGGGAGCCCCUGAAACAAGAUGGACCUCAAAACCCUGCCCAGGGUCAGGGCUCCUGCUAGAGACGGCUCUGGGUACAAAGUCCUGAUCUUCGGUGAACUCUUGAAGGACAGAGCGGAUUCUCCUCAGGAGUUUUUGCCCUUUGGACUAGGAGCCCCACUAGGACAGGAAACCUCUCUUCCCUCUUGCUCGGAGCAGUGAACAUAAGAGAUGUACCUGGGAAAGACCCAGACCCCUAAAAGGGGCAGACCCCAUGGAAGGACCUGAGGGGCCUCUGCCAUGCUCUCACCAACAGCCCAGGCCCUAGAGGACCCCUUCCCUUGGAGCCUAAGGAUGUGGGUCCUGGACCCC